GUGAUACCCGCGGACACAGCCCCAAGACUCUGAGAGACACCACGCGAUCGCACCGCCAGUAUUUGACUCAGUUCCUGUUCAGGUCGAGCAUAAGCUAACGCGUUAUUGUAAGCACUACGAUUGCACGCACAUCAAAAUAAUAGCAGUAUUCACAGACAGUCUCGUGCUGUUUGCCUACUUGGCCGGUUUCUCGGAGCUUGGCGCCGAUGGCGACCACGCUAGUUGCUGUCGGCGGGAAAGGGACAAACCCCAAGACCACACUAUACGUUGGCGGUCUGGAGGAGUCCGUCAACGAGGCGACGCUCCAUGCUGCGUUCCUUCCUUUCGGCGAGAUUAAGGAGGUCAAUAUGCCUAUAGACCACGCCACUGGCACACAUAGAGGCUUUGGAUUUGUGGAGUAUGAGGAGAAGGACGACGCAGCGGCCGCUAUCGACAACAUGAACAAUGCGGAGCUCUUUGGGCGGGUGCUGAAGGUCAACUACGCGCAGCCCAUGAAGAUUAAGGGUGGAGACAAGGGAUGGAGCCACUUGCCAGUCUGGGCAGACACGGACAAGUACAUCGAGGAGCUUGAAGCUGAGAAAGAGAUGGACGAGUACGAGAAGGAGCAGCGGAAGGCGGCGCUGGUGGCGAAGGAGGCGGGCGCGGCCGUGGCGGCGGCGGCAGCAGCAGCGGACGAGGGCGGGGCGAAGGCGUCCUAGUGCUGGUUGCAGCUGGCUGUAGUAGUGCUAGUAGGACAUGCGCUGGCUUGGGCAGUGCCAGUAUCAGACGCAGCAGGUUCCGAUGUAGGGCCACUGUUCUGCGAGUGGGGGCGGAUGCGCGGGCAUUUGGCGACGAAACCCGCCUUGGUAGCGGUGCCACCCGGGGGAGAUGACCCAGCCGCGGGUUCUCGGACACUCCAUUUUGCCGUGACAGCUGAGCUGCGCGCCUACCGGUAUUCGACGGAUGCAGUGCUUACGCAGCGCUGCGGCCUUGGACUUGACGCCUUGGCGCCCAGCUGGGCUGGGGCUGGUCUUGGCAGUGCAGCGGGGUGGGCGGGCGCUGCCCAUGGAGCGGCAUACGCGGCGCUGGCAAGGAGCCCGGCCGUUGGCCCCAGUCGCCUACUGAACAGUAAGGGUUCUAUGCGGUGGUGCAGAAGGGGUUCGUAUGGCGUGAAGGUGCGCACGUGGCAGGCGAUGGCUACCGGUGUUUAGGCGUGCUGCGUUGCUGCUUGGGCCGCGUAGUGAUGGUGGUAUGUGAGGCACGUUGGCAGCAACAUAGCAGCUGCCGUGCAAUUGAUGCAAUGAUACUGGCACGCGUCGCUGCAGCACAGCUGUGAAGCUGUGUGGUCCGGAAGUUGCGGGCUUUCGAGGAACGUGGCAACAGCACCUGCUGCUCUCGGCUGGCUCAUGGCUGCUGUGUGGGGCAUACAAGUAAAUGAAUUGAGGCCGGGACCGUGUCACGGUCGUGGAGUGCCCCGAGUAGAGUGACAUGAUGGGGUGAUACAUGUGCACACCUCGUCAUCCAGAGAGCGGCGUUUGGAGGUCUGGAUGGGCCCAUGGACUGUGACCUCGCGGCUGACGUUUGGGGUGGCGAAGUGUGUUGCCCAAGGAGAUACGGGAGCUGAGUCACCUGAUACCUGGCGCGGAUUACAGCUCGACUGUUACAAAGUUACAAUGC